GAAGACUGAAAAAUUGAAUCGGAAUUAGUACGCAGGGAGAGUUGCCGCCUCUGCCCGGCGAGUUGGGCACCGCGUUUUCUGCCUCUCUAUUUCUCUUCUGUGGAUUCUUGAGUACUCCACUCUCACGCUCAGGGAAAGGAGAGGAAGAGACGACCAUCUGGGCGAAGAUGGACGCUUCGCUUGCACUGCCGCUAUGUGCCCUUCUUCUAUUGUCUUCCACACUCUCGUCUUCCAUCAUCGACCUUUCUCGUGCAGCAGCCUACGAAACGACCUUACUGAAAGGUGUUGAUCUAGGAAACCCAAGACGAAUCCAUUUUAGCUCUCAGUAUGGACAUUCACCUGGCCGAGAUCCAAAAGAAGCAUUGUUCUGUGAACGCAUUAAAAUUUCAGGUCAAUCGAGACUGGAACUUGGUAGCUAUUCUAGCUCUCUCAGGGUUACACUAGCACCGUUUCCUGUUAUCCCUGAAAGACUUCAUCGAAGGAUUCAUGUUUGUUUCCACCGGAAUGCUUCACUUGGACGGUGUGAUUGCGAGAAAGAAGAUUGGAAAACGUUUCAAAAUGCUCAAUGGAGUUCAGUCAUGUCUCCUUAUCAGGAGAGAUUUAUUGAUGUGAAGACCACUGGAGGAAUAUCUGGUGGUGGUAUCACUGUCCAGCUUAAAGAAGAAUCACAACGGUGGCGUCUCUUGUGUCUGGCAGUGGGAUUCAUAUUGCUAUUGCUUGCACCAAUUGUCAGCAGCUGGGUUCCUUUCUAUUAUAGCACCUCAAUGGCUAUUGGCAUUUUCCUUGUCAUCAUCAUUCUUCUAUUUCAGGGCAUGAAAUUACUGCCGACUGGAAGGAAAAACAUCAUGUAUCUCUCAAUAUAUGGAUCAGUGCUUGGGGUUGGCACCUUCAUUUUGCAUCACUUAUCAGAGCUCAUCAAAUCUAUUCUUCUUAAUUUUGGGCUUGAUGAGGAGAUGCACAAUCCGGUCUACAUAUUUGUAUUAGUAGGCAUUGUGCUUGCAGGAGCAGGAUUAGGGUAUUGGAUGGUUAGAAAGUUUGUUGUUGCAAAAGAUGGAAGUGUGGACCGUGGUGUAGCAGAGUUUGUUAAAUGGGCUAUUCGAGCGAUUGCAACCACUUUUAUCUUCCAGAGCACACCUGAUCCUCCAUUAGCUUUGCUUACCGUGGUCUUAUCGUACACCAUAUCCUUCCUUAUCAUGAAGUGGCUAAGGCAACCUAGGUAUGAGUCAGGGACGGCUGCAGGAAAGCAGGGCCGUGCUGAAUUCUACAGCAGAUCAGCUGCAUCAGCAGCUAAAAAGAGCCCUGAAGGGAGAAUGCCAGGUGCUUGGAUGAACUCCCCAGUCAAAGGUUUGGUGACAUCACCAUCUGCUGCUCGUGCGCAGCAUGGCAGCACUGUGAUGGACCAGGAUUAUUACUCGACCUUCCAUAAAACAGCAAAGAGGAAGAAGUUCACAAAGGAAGAAUGGGAUGAGUUCACACGGGAGUCAACGAAGGAAGCAAUGAGAGAAUGGGCAUCAUCUCCUGAAGUGGCCAAUUGGCUGAUCAACAAUGCUGACCGGAUUCAACUCCUUCCAAGCGAUUGCAGUUCGGGCGAAGAGGCAUCUGGCACUGACAGUGAGACUGACUCAAUUGAGGAGAAUGGAUCGAGUAACCAGGGUGGUAAAGGGCUUAGCUCUUUAUUCAGCUGGUGAGGAUAAUAGAGAAAGGAGACUGUGGAUCAUGGCGACGAUAUUUGAGGUUUUUUCUGUUGCAGAUUGUUGAUCUGAAAAGAAAUUCAAACACAGGUGAGUGGGUUGUUCAUGUUUUCGUCCGCCCUCUACACUUGAGAGUAAUCCUUUCUGAUGUUGGAUGAAGGUAACAGAGAAAGAAACAUGACUAUAGGAGAGGGCAUUGAGCUAAUUUCUUGUGGAGAAGCAUUAACUAGGAGUAGGUAGGUAUUGUUGGGGGAUCUGAGUAGGAAUAGAUUGGUUUAGGUAACAGCUUUUUCUUGUGCAUAGUAUGAUUUCUUUUGUACUUGAAUCAUGAUGGAGAAAACUCACUGUUUUCCCUAAGCAUGUAUGAAUUGUGAUAGAGCCAUACUAAAUAUUUUUUAUAAGUCUUCGAGUUGAGUGUGAUUGACAGUAUGAAAUUAAAUGCAUCGUUUCUG